GACACCGUAGGAGACUAUUAAUUCCUAUUAGAGAGUUCUUGGGCUAGAGCUGGCAAAUGGUGAACAAGAGGAUGGCUACGACGGGGAAGAAGGAAGGGAACAACUUGCUAGGGUUGCCGAAUUUCACAGAAUUAGGAAACGGGCGUUUCAAGUGCUUAGAAACAGGGCACGAGGUCCUCUCGAAGGACAUAGCGUCCUACUCGCACAGCAAAAAAUGCCGUUUGGGUCUCAUCGAUUUCGCCUUGUCCAAUAACAAACCCCCUCUCAACAUGUUCAAACAACACCCUCUCUGCCGUUCAAAGUUGAUAUGUAAGCUGACUGGAGACAAUGUCAAUAAGUCAGAGGAACAUAUCUGGAAGCAUAUGAGUGGGAAAAGGUUUCUCAAUAAAUUAGAGCAAGAGGAAGAAGAAAAGUUGUUGUGUCAUGGAUUGGAAGGUGAAGAGAGCUUACAUGAGUCAAAAAGUGCAGAUGGUGGAAAAAAGGAUAGAAUGAAGAAGAAGAAGAAGAAAAAGAAUAGGGUCAAGGAAAUUGAUGAGGAGAAAUUGCAGGUGUCAAAAAGUGCAGAUGGUGCAAAAAAAGAUAGAAUGAAGAAGGAAAAUAAUAAGGACAAGGGAAUUGAGGAGGUUAUAUCUGAAGUUAGGAAGUCUUCCAAUGAGAACAGUGACACUGAAGACGAAGACUUCUGGAUGCCUCCUGCUGGUGAUCGUUGGGACAAUGAUGAUGGUGGCGAUAGAUGGGGUUCAGAGUCAGAGCAGGGAACUGAAGAGGGAGAUGUAAUUGAUGGUGAUGCUGCUGAGGAUUGCAAGGAGUCAGACGAGUUGUCAUCAAGGACGAAAAGAAUGUCGAUAGAAAUUGGACCAAGCAGCUUUGCUACAAGAAAAAAGAAAAGUAAGAAGAACCACCAAACUUAGUAUUUGUUAGUACUUUUAGUUGAGAGAAUUGCAAGACAACUUUUGCAGGCAUUGCGUGAUUUAAAUUAUGUCAGCCCAGGUCAUUAGCAUUAUGAUACAAAGGGGAUAUGGGUACAAAAUACAUUGUUCAAAUGAAUUUUUUCUUGUAUUAAGAAGCUGCUUUUUCAGUAAAUUUGUAUGACAAGCAGCAUGAAACUGGAUCAAAUUGUAAGUCUUCAAGUAUGCAGUCAAAGCCAAGUCUGUUUUUGGUAUUAUUUAUAUAAGGUCAGUACUUCUUUAUGAUCAUGACUCAACCCUAUUCUUUACA